AUGGGUCGAAAAAUUGAGAUGAAGAAAAUAGAAGAGAUAACAAAACGUCAAGUCACAUUCUCCAAGCGACGUAGUAGUUUAAUUAAGAAGGCGGAAGAAAUUGCUGUUUGUUGUGAUGUUGAUGUGUUUUUUGUCGCAUUCUCUCCUUCUGGUCGAAUAAGCAAAUUCUGUAGUCAAAAAAGUAUUGAAGACAUGAUUCAUCGCUAUAUUAAUCUUCCAGUUGAAAGGAGAUUGACCCACAUAGCGGAUGUUCAGGAAAAGGUGGAAAAACUGAGGCACUUGAACCAUAUCAAGGGAGAUGUUAGCAAGAUUCACUUUCUUGAAAAACAGAUUGAGAAUUUGGAGCUACAAAUCAAGAAGAGCACAUUGGAAAUGCAGAUUUUGGAUGCCAAUAUAAGGGAUUACGAACCUGGAGUAGACCAAGAGCCUUCUCUUCAUCAACUUUAUUGGUGUGAGAGAAACUUGCAACAAUCUCUGCAAAAAGUCAUGGCUAGAAAAAUGAAUUUUGAUCAGAUGGAAUUGGAGAAACAAGGCAAGAUGGACACUAUACCAUUUCAAUUUGCUGCACAAGAAACAGAUCCACAGCAGCUUGAUACUUGGAUUAAUCCAUACAGUGCAAGUAUUCAAGGGAACAUAUUCCAAUUUCAAGAUUUGACAGACAGAGGAAAGAGAGUGGCAGGAAAUUCAAGCAAUUACGCAUAUAACGUUCCCUUUGCAAGUUCUUCACAGUGCGGAAAUAUAUCAUUUCCUCAAAUUCAAAACUCAUCGCCUUAUAUCUCAGCACAGAGCGAGCAACAAAACAUGGUAGUAGAUGUGCAACAGAAUCCAACACAAGCAUUUGGUCAAUCAGAGGCACAAGUGACUUUUGGUGAAAGUAGUAGCAGCUCUAUCAUGAACUUUUGGAACAAUCUUUGCAAUUCUACAAGGCCUAUCUCCGGUCCACUCUCCACCAUGAGUACUCAAUUAAAUAAUUCCUCUCAAUUAGAGUUGGAUUAUCCCCAUACAAAUUGGAAUACACUGCAAUAUCCAAGCAAUAUAAACGUUUCAAGUCAUAACAACAAUCACAUCAUUCAGAAUAAUGAUGAUUAUUCUUCAGUUCAGAGUGAUGCAAGAGGUCUUAAUGGAUGUAGCUAUGCUUUGGAGGCGAAUAUCAUGGAAAACAAUCAAUAUUUUGUUGAAAGGACACAAGAGAAUGAUUCAUGGGAAUGGGAUGACACUGUCCUCAACGAGACUUUCAGUGUGGAAAAUUUCAGUAUUUUGGAUUGA